AAUGAAACUAGUCACGGAUUAAUGCAUUUACAUUUGGUAUCACUGAAUGUUAUAUUUACGUGGCUUUGGCGGUCUUCAAAUCUUCCCUUUGGCAACGAAUUGAAUCGGAGGAAAUUUUAGUGAGCCAGGACGUGUCACAAUGAAUUCGGUUUUGAACGAGGCUCAGUUAAAACGCCUUUCAGAGCACAAAUACAGCGCGCAAUGCGUAUCGAUUCUAGACCCUUGCUUCCAAGUUUACUGGCGAUGGCUUGUGGAACAACUUCCUCUGUGGCUAGCUCCAAACACCAUUACAAUCUCAGGAUUAGUCAUCAAUGUAGUCACCUCCCUUAUUUUAAUGUGGUAUUGUCCUCAAGCCAAAGGAGAGGCACCAUGGUGGGCCUUUUUCUUGAGUGCUCUGGGACUGUUUGCAUAUCAGUCUCUUGAUGCAGUUGAUGGUAAACAAGCACGACGUACAAAAAGUGCUUCACCAUUGGGAGAAUUAGUAGAUCAUGGCUGUGACUCUGUUUCCAUGGUGAUAAUGAUGUUGGCUAUCAGUGUUGCAGUAGAGCUUGGGACACACCCUAGCUGGAUGUUCUUCAUAACAUUCACGGCAACCUUCAUGUUUUAUUGUGCUCACUGGCAAGCAUAUGUCUCUGGUACUAUAAAGUUUGGAACUGUGGAUGUAACAGAGAUUCAAGUUGCUGGUAUGGGUAUAUUCAUGGUGUCUGGAAUCUUUGGUGUUCAAGUAUGGUCCCAGCAGGUUCCUUACUUCAGUGUCACAUACAAGGAUGUUAUCUUCGGGGGUACCCUGUGUGGAACAAUUUACAAUCUUUCAUCAAUAUUUCUCCAAAUAUAUGAAGGUGGAAAAGGGAAAAAUGGAUCAACAGUUGCUGGCACUAGUGUUUUAUCACCAUUGUUUCCAAUUGCUGCAAUGUUAUACAUGGCUUAUCUUACUGCAACAACCUCCUCCACAAGUGUAUUCCAUAAGCACCCAUGUCUAUUUGUCAUGGCGUUUGGAAUGGCGUGUUCCAAGAUUACAAUCAAACUAGUGGUUGGUUGUAUGACACGGAGUCCUGUUGAAUUUAAAGAUUCCACAAUGAUCGGAGGAAUUCUUCAGAUUCUUAAUAUUCAUUAUGGCUCCCCAAUUGAUGAAUACGUUUUAUUGUGGUGUAUGAUGGGUCAUGUGUUGUUUGAACAGCUACGGUACAACUUUGCUCUUGGUACGGAUAUCUGUGACUACCUUAACAUCAGCUACUUUAGAAUAAAACCUAUGGAUAAGGAGAAGGACAAAUAGCGCGCCGUGACCUUCCACUUGUUAAGGGUAACCCCUGUUUUUCCUCCCUUUGAUCUUUUUCUGACCAUUUUGUGAGCUGUGUUGAGCGGUAUUUAGCGUGAAACUUUUGUAAAACCCAGAUCAAAUGGGAUCAAGACUCGGUGUUGGCUGGGUUCUUCCUUCAAAUGUCAUCAACUGCUGUAACUUUACAGGAAAGCUUGCAUUAGGUGAAGGUCGGGAUGCGCCGGGCAGUAAGUCGGUGCUACAGAUUUCCGUGUGCAUUGCUUUCAAAGCAAGUCGAUAAGGGUGAAAAGCAAGUCGAUAAGGGUGAUAGUCUUGCUGUAAUUAUACGCAGGAAUUCAAAUAAGUUUGUUUUAACAAUGCGUGAAAUAGAAACUUUAUAGGCUUUCAAACACAAAAAUAUCUCUAUUUAACUCAAGUAUGUAACAAUACUGCGGUAAACCUUUUGCAUAGCAUUUGAUGUUUUGCUCUUA